CUGUCAAGGGGACAAGCAGAGAUAUCACCCUGUCCUGUUAGUGACCUUCUCUGACCUGAUCCUGCUAUUCCAACUACACCAUGUCUUCUGCUGUGAUUGCUUUGCCCUCGGCACCUGCGGCUAAAUCGCCAAAAAAGAAAGCCAAGAGAAAGACAGCUCCUUCUGUGUCCAGUCUGAUCCUGAAGGCUGUGGCCGGGUCCCAACAGCGCGGCGGUGUGUCCUUGGCUGCCCUCAAAAAGAUUAUGAAGGCCGGAGGAUAUGAUGCGGAGAAGAACAAAGCCAGAAUCCGCAUCGCUCUCAGGCGUUUGGUGGCCAAAAAAGCCCUAGUCAAGACCAAGGGUGCCGGGGCAUCCGGGUCCUUCAAACUCAACAAAAAGCCUCCUAAACCUCGAAAGAGGAAGGUGGUGAAAAAGAAGAAGCCAAAGGCCAAAAGGGUGAAGAAGGCCAAGAAGAAGGCAGCAGCUACAUCAAAAGCCAAGAAAUCGCCAAAGAAGAAGAGAAAGACAAAGAGCCCCAAAAAAGCCAAGAAAGCGGCCAAGAAGCCCACCAAGCCAAAGAGCCCCAGGAAGACCAAACGCAAGGUGGCCAGGUCUGCCAAAACCAGGGCUGCUGCCAAGAAGUGAGAACUGCUCCUCCAACCCUCACUGCGGCUCAAAGGCGUUUAUUCGGGCCUUUGACUUUGUGUGGACUAUGAUGCAUUCAACUCAGCUGAGUUUGCUUUAGAUAUUUGUUUUCUAUAGUAGAAAAGUCUCAACUUGCUGUUUUACCCUCUACCCUUUCUUUCUUGGUCUGAACAGAUUGACAUGCAUUGCUGGAAAUAAUAAAAUAAUGUAUAUUUCCAAAGAAACAGGUGUCGUUUUAUCUUUAGAAACAACUGCAACAGUUCUGAAAACACUGAGCGCAGUCUGUUAAAUAAAUAAAUAUUUAUUUAUUUAUUCGA